AGAAGAACUUUGUCAUGUUGUUGGGCCUGUGCAUGACAGUGCAAGGGAGGCGGUAAUGCACCUAUUUACGUUGUUUGCCAAGAAGAAGAAGUAGAAGACGAUGCAAAGGACCACAGGAUUGUAAACAGAGUACUUGACAUGGACCAGUCAUUGCGCAGUUGCAAAAGGUUUGUGCAUUUGGACCUAAAAGGGGCACCUCCUAGAAUUGGCUACUUAAUUGAGCUGAUCCAGUUAUUUGCUGAUCUUGGAGCCAAUGGCUUGCUCAUCGAAUAUGAGGAUAUGUUUCCCUAUGAAGGAAAGCUGAAAGUUCUUCAAUCUACAACUCAGCCUCCAUACACGCGUGAGGAGAUUGUGUCUAUCCAGGAUGCUGCCAGUAGCAGAGGGCUGGAGAUCAUUCCCCUGGUUCAGACAUUUGGACAUUUGGAAUUUGUCCUGAAGCAUGAGGUGUUUAGAGAUCUGCGGGAGGUGGACUACUGUCUGGGCACCCUGAACCCACACCGUGAUGCAGGAGUUAGGCUGGUGCAAGAGAUGCUACAACAAGUCAUGAAGCUCCACCCUAAAAGUACCAGCCUGCAUAUCGGAGCCGACGAGGUGUACAUGCUCGGUCAUGGAGAUGAGUCCAAACACUGGUUAGAUCUUCCAGGUCGGAGUGUUCACCAGCUGUUCCUCAGUCAUGUCAUUAAGGUGGCAAAGGGGAUUCGGGAAAGUGCACCCAAACUUAAUUUGAUAAUGUGGGAUGAUAUGCUCAGGUCCAUGACCCCUGAGACCAUCAAAGAGAGUGGUCUUGUUGGAUUAGUGCAACCGAUGUUGUGGGAUUACAGCCCUACUCUAGAUGUUGGCAACACUGUCAUGCUUAUGGAACGAUAUAAGUCUGCGGGUAUAUCACAGCAGUGGGCCGCCAGCUCUUUUAAAGGCUCGACCACUGUGCACACCUGUGUGACCAGCACCCAGAGACAUCUGGACAACCAUUUUCAAUGGCUCAAAGUAGCAUCCAGCCUGUCAGCUGGCAUUAAGCUACAGGGAAUUGCUCUAACUGGAUGGCAAAGAUAUGACCACUUGUCUGUUUUGUGUGAGCUGAUGCCUGUGGGUUUGCCCUCUCUGGGGUCCUGUCUGCAAACUCUUCUGCACGGUGGCUUUACCGAAGAGGCUCAAAAGAAGGUUGUUGAGAUACUUGGUACUGUGGAUGUAGAAGACAUAGAGAGAUUGUCUUCCUCCUUUGCUGGGGCAAAACUAGCUGAACUCAUAGUGAAGCUGACAUCUUUGCUGGAGUCUGCAGAACUGAGACAUUUUCAGAACAAUAUGUUUGUGAGGGGCUGGUUCACACCCUACCACAGGCAAAAAAAGACAAUCAACCCACUCAUUGCUCAACAGAUUAAAACACAAGCAACAAUUAUUCUUGAUGAUGUGGAGAGCCAGGUUCAAGAUGUGAGAGGAGAGAUGCGUCUGCUGUACUCAGACUCUACAGUUCAGGAAUGGGUGGACCAACACAUCACUCCAGUGCUGGAGCCUCUGCACAACCUAUCCAGAGACAUUGAAACGGUUUUAAAUGGAAUGGGACUUUGUACCGAAUCCAUAUCUUAAAGUUGGUCAAUAAGUUUCUUUCGAAAACUUUCUUUCAAGCUAGACUUGUACUUGCAGUACAAUGUAAAACUGAAUAAAACAACUGCGAAAGCU